CGGUGACCGGAUAUCGCGUGGCUUGCUGCGGCUAGCUUGACCGCUGGUUCUGGGCUCGCUGCAGGGGACACAAUGCCUUUUCACGGUGAGGAGCCUCUUGUGGCCGCGGGUUGUCUGGUCUGAAAGCAGAUGUCGGGGCUUUGUUGGAGGACACAGAUGUCGAACAAACCGCGGAGUUCGUGUCCGAGAUAAUAGCAGAGCAGAGUCCCCGGCGGCCGGACCAUGGGACUGACGGAGCUGCUGCUCGGACUGCUGUGGUUCCGCUCUGCUCUGCUGUGUGCAGCAGGCUGCAGUGAGCGGGUGGAGGUCCAUACAGAGCGGAGGGGUGUGAUCUACAGCCCCUCCUGGCCUUUAAACUACCCCUCUGGAGUCAACUGCAGCUGGCACAUCCAGGGAGGUCAGGGAGAGGUCAUUACCAUCAGUUUCCGUAACUUCGACGUGGCUGAGUCAGGGAGUUGUUUGGGAGACUGGCUCCUGCUGACUCCUGCCUGGAACGGGGAAUCCAGGCUGUGUGGCUCCGUCCUGCCGCCACCCUUCAUCUCCACCAGGGGGCGUGUUUGGCUCUAUUUCCACUCUCAGGCCAACAGCUCGGGGCAAGCACAGGGCUUCCGCCUCUCCUACAUCAGAGGUCACCUCGGUCAGAGCAGCUGUCAGUCAGAUGAAUUCCUGUGUGGGAACGGGAAGUGUCUUCCUCGCUCCUGGAAGUGCAACAGUCAGGAUGAAUGUGGCGACGCCACGGAUGAACGCGGCUGCUCCCCUCCCCCCACCGAUGCCCAGCCUGGCCUCUGUCCCUUCGGCUCCCUCCCCUGCACCGAGGCCCAGUCCACCCGUUGUCUGCCCGCCGCUCUGCGCUGCAACGGAGCCCCUGACUGUCAUGAUGGCACCGACGAGCUGGGCUGUCCAGACACCACGUGUGGCAAACGUCUGGGGAAUUUCUACGGCUCAUUUGCUUCCCCAGAUUUUUUCCGGCCAAACAGGAGCGCCACAGCCGAGCUGAGAUGCUCCUGGUUGCUGGACACCCAGGACCCCAAGCCUAUCGUGCUGCAGCUGGACCUGCGGCUGGGGCCUGGAGACUCGCUGCAUGUGUAUGACGGCCUGCUGCAGCGGGCAGAGCACCUCUUACAGGUGUUGUCCUAUCAUAACAACAGGCGUCCAGCGCUGCUCGAGUCGAGCCGAGGGCAGAUGAGUGUUUUGUACAUGGCCCAGCCUCACAGCCCUGGACACGGCUUCAACGCCACAUACCAGGUCAAAGGUUACUGUUUUCCGGGCGAGCGUCCCUGUGGCAGCGAUCAGGGCUGCUACUCUGAACGCCAACGCUGCGACGGCUACUGGCACUGCCCAUCAGGGCGCGACGAGGAGGCCUGCCCGACGUGCCCUGACGGAGAGUUUCCUUGCGAGGGUGGUACUGGAGUGUGCUACCCAGCAUCUGAGCGCUGCAACAACCAGAAGAGGUGUCCAGAUGGGUCUGACGAGAAGAACUGCUACGACUGCCAGCCUGGAAACUUUCACUGCGGGACUAACUUGUGCAUCUUUGAGACGUGGCGGUGUGACGGCCAGGAGGACUGCUUGGACGGGAGCGAUGAGAGGGACUGCCUGGCAGCAGUGCCCCGGAAGGUGAUCACAGCAGCUCUGAUCGGCAGUCUGGUCUGCAGCCUUCUGCUGGUCAUUGCACUGGGCUGUGCCCUCAAACUCCACUCACUCAGGAACAGAGAGUACAGAGCUUUUGAGACUCAGAUGACUCGCAUUGAGGCCGACUUUGUUCAAAGAGAGGCUCCUCCGUCCUAUGGUCAGUUAAUCGCCCAGGGACUCAUCCCCCCGGUGGAGGAUUUCCCUGUAUACAACCCCACCCAGGCCUCCGUAUUACAGAACCUGCGGUUGGCAAUGCGCAGACAGAUCAGACGUCACUCAACACGACGCACCAACUCCUCCUCCUCUCGGCGCCGCCUCGGCCAUCUGUGGAGUCGCCUGUUCCACAGUGGAGGGCGAGCCAGAGGCCACGCCCCCCUUCUCGACACUCCUGGGCCCACACAGAUCACAUUAGGGCUCCACAGCUACCGAACAGUGGGUGUGCAAGGGCCCCAGGACAGGGCCCGGUCUGGAGCAGGGCUCGGGGAUGAGAUUAAUGCAGUGGCAGGCUCCUGUUGCUCAGCCACCAUGGACCUGCAGCCAUGCACGCCAGAGAGCCCUGCGUCACCUGUGUCCUUUCCCUCAGAGGAGGAGGAGCUGUCGCCUGUCAGUAGGGACAGCAGCAGGGCUCCACAGUCUGAGCCCCACUCUCCUGUUCAGAGUGAUUCCUCAACACAGAGCAGACCGCCUACCACUCCCCAGGAAGCCUCCAUACCCCCAUGCCAGCCACGGGCAUCUAGGAAACUGGUUCUGGAGCUUGCUGUUAACCUAAAGGGAGUUUCCCUGAGACGUUACUCUCCCUUGGGGCCCUUGUCCCCCAUCUCACCCCCUGUUUUACCCAACAGCUCCCUCACGUCUACACCCCACCCUCCCUUCCAGGGGCUCGAGGUGACUUCACCUUCUGAACCCUCAUCUUCUCUAAAAGCAGAGGACAGCGAAUGCCACUUUACUGUGGAAGUGCCAAGCAGGGAAAUAAGAAGCAGGGAUGAGAGGAGGAGGGAGGGCAAGAGCAGACUGUGCAGGUUCAGCAGGACCUUUAGUGAUGAGGGAGGGGAUUCAGGGAGGGAGACAACGCCAUGCUGAAGAGUGUAGGAGGAUAGUUCCUGUUUGCCACAGUCUGUUGAAACCUGCUGUCAGCAAUAUCUGCUCUGCUAAAGUGUCCUUGAAAUGUGUCCCAACAGACCCAGAGGUGAGACCUGUACCUUUGCCCACCACAUUUAGGAGGUACAGUAAAAUAAAAUUAGCGCAUGGCCAUUCAGACCAUUAAAUGCAUAAAAAUUAUUUGUGUGGUCAUUUGCUAAGAUUAAUAAAUCCAGCGCUGGUUGUGCUUAUGGUCUGUGUCAUCCAGUAAAUCUCUCUGUCAAACAGGAGCUUAAUUAGUUGACUCCUACAGUUCAACACAAACAGACAGCCCCUAUAAAACUGUUUGGACAUAAAUUUAUUAUGAGUUUGUUCCAUAGAAUCAAACUCAAUUCUGGCCACCAGUACAAAUACAAUAUUGGCAACACUUUCUUAAAAUGCCAAAGCAGCCUUUGUGUUGUUACCCAGAGCCAUUAUGUACCGCUAUAUACUGUGAACCAAGAAGCCUAUGAAGUGAUCACAUCUGAAUUAACUGAAUGGUCCCCUACUCUGUCAAUUACCACUUUAUUGUUUGAUUUCCAGAAGGUCAUAGUUGGCUGUAGUAAAGCAGAAAGCUGUCAAUAUGUUAUAUUUUCUUUACUGUCAACAGAUCAUAUGAAAGGCCAAAAUCAAAUGUCCCAUUUGUUCCACUUUUUUUAGGAGUAAAUAUUGCUUCUUUUAGGACUCUUUUCUGCAGUCAUUGGUCAAGGUUGAGUCAAAAUUAACUACAGUGUCCAUGUAAGUGGUGAUUUAACAUGUCAGUCAGUGCAACAGUGUGGCCUAUUGAUGUGUUUUUGGACAACAAUAGAGCUCUACAUCAUAGAGGAAGAGGAUAUGUCAUGUUACACAGACAAUACUUGUUGCUAAAAUUAAUAAUUUGUUGGUUUUGGUUGUCUCUAAAAUAUGACCAGACUUACCAUUUAAAUAAAACUUGAAAUUUGAAAAAGAGCCAGAAAAGCUGUUUCCACCUGUUUUCAGUUGUUAUGCUAAGCAAUGCUAAUAGACCCAAGCCAAUGGCCAAUUAAGUCUGUUCCACAAAAAUGUCAAAUUAUUCAUUUAACACUUAAUCAUGCAGCGGUUCAGUCAUGCCACACUCUUGUCAGUAUUUAUUUAACCGAUACUGUUUGUUCCCAGUGCUCUUCCUGUUUCUCUUCACUGACCCCUUUGAGGAACCUGAAGAUGUUAGUUAUGUUUUGGGAGUUGUUGCAAAUACAAUUUUAAAUUCAGCAUUUUUUCGAAAUAAUACAUCAAUGUUUUAAAAAGCCAAACUUGGAUGCUAACUGAGGUAGUGAGUUCAGUAGGUCUAUUGCCUGUAACUCUGCUCAGCCCCUCGUCCGCCUCAAUCAAACCCAAACUGUCCUCUUCAAGAAAAGCCUUUCCUCACUUGAAUGCACUUGACUGUCUCUAUGUCAGUAUGUCUGAUUUCCAUUCAGUGCUGUGAAGAAUUUAUGUGAACGUCCAGGAAGUGUUGGAAAGAGUCUUCACCUCAGAAUAAUGAUUUAUUUUUAGUCCUCCUCAUCCUGGCAGCACUUCUGCAGUGCUGCUGACUGAACACUGCUCCCUGCAGACGUCUGAACUGCUCUUUUUUUCCUUUGGAAAUUCAUAUCUGCGUUGAGGGAUUUUCUAUGACAGGAUGUUAAAACAAAGACCUCUAUUUUUCCGUCUUUAAUGGAGACCUGUACUACUUUAUAGUUCUCUCUCUGCCUUGAUGAACAUUGACUUUGACUGUACCUGCUUGCCUAUCUGAUGUUUUUAUAAAGCUUUUCUCUCGAAGAUACAGCACUGGUGACCCUUUACUAAUCACUUUUGGACUUCUAAAGAAUGUAUCGCUUUCACUUAGUGUGAAAUCAGUGGAUUUCUGCCUCUUUUACUGCAGGAUAUUGAUACUUAACAGUAGAGUCAGGUUACCAAUGUAGGGAGGGAGUAAAUGAGAAAUGCCCAGAAGCCAAAUGCUGGUUGAUUUUAUCAUCUGUUUUUUCUUGCCGUUAUUCUUUUAAGUGAUCUGAAUGUGCCAUGCUACCCUCAUGUGCUUGCUUCUUAUAGAAGUUUUGUCAUGAAUGGCUGCUACAUGCUAUGUGCCAUUAGAGAUGUGUCCCCCUCACAGCUGAUUCCUGUCUAAUGAUCUGUUCACAUUUCCCCACCUUUCCUUUACACACAGAGAAGAAAAAAAAUCAGUUUUCUUAAUAUUUUUCAUAUAGUGUUGUAGUGUGUGUGUGUGUGUGUGCGUGUGUGUUUUAAACUGGCUUACUACUACCUGUUAAAAGCCUGUUGUCCUCAUUUGCAGAAUGUAAGUCCUUACUUGCGUUGUCCAGUGCACUGUGUGCGCUCACUCUUGUAAAUAUCACAGAAGGUGUCAUGGAUCAGGGUUGAGGUUUACAUGUUUGAAGAGAUUAGAAGAGAUUGUCUGUGUGUCUGGAUGAUGUGACGUGAUUGGUACAACUGACUGCAGUGCACUACUUAGUCAGGAAUCUCUGGGAUUAUUAUGGCAGGAGAGUUGAGGAAGACCAUUUGCUUUUCAGCAACCUUAAUGCAGUGUAUUUAUUAGUUUGUGUGAAUGAAAAUCUGUGAAAGUCUUGGUGACAGUCAUUGUGUUCAUAAUUUUUAAAGUGCAGCCCACAAAUGAAAAUGAUGUGGUAACAUACUGCAUUUUUCAUUCUUAGUGUGUAGUUGUGUCACAUUGGGUGCUACAUGAUUAUGGUGAUGGUUUAAUAUCGGUUAGCCAGGAUCAGUGUUUUCUGUGCUGUUCCCUGGGUGUUGUAAUAAACUGCUGGUAAGAGCCAAGUCAUAAUCUUCUAAACUGUUGUGUCUGUUUUUGCAUUGCUUUUAUUUGCGCUGAUGUACAUAGUCAAACCUUUGCAAUUUGCUACAGCCACAGAGUAAUAAUAGCACACAGGUAAAUACACUGAAUUAAGCUGAUUGAAAAUGAAAAUACUGAACCAGGUUGUCUGAACAUGGCAUCCCCUCUCCUCACUGUUUGAUUUUUAAGCUUCUUCCCCGUUAAAGGCUGAAAUCAUUAUAAGCUGUUUGUAUAAAAGCAUUUCUCUCAUUUUGAGAAGUAUAUUUCUAUAUUUUGAGCUGAACGAGGUCACCCUGACAUUGUGGGGUUUGCUGAUCAAAACUCUGUACAGACUUCUGCCUUUCAUUCAUUGUUUACCUGUGCCUGCAAUUAAUAAACUUCAAGCUCUUUAUCA